AUGCUCACAAGAAGGCGAAAUCGUGUUGCUCAUGAUGGCGCUGCUCGCACUAAUGCCAUAUCUGACGGUAAUGCACUUUCCACUGCCGCAAAUCCAACGUCAACGAUACCGCUUGUGAGUAGUCUUCGAGGCGAUAAGAAAGAUGUAAGCGCUGUUUUAGAUGACCUGAUGAGGGCCUUUGCACCCAACGUGUUGCCGUGUUUGUUUCCUGAGCCCAACUAUGAGGAUACACUUGACAAAAGUACAGGAGAUGCCGCCGUGGUUGAGUCCGGCAUCUCCUCCCGAGUUCCCAUACGUCUCUCGCGCGCGAUUUUACUUAUGUAUCUUCACACCUGCGGCGGCCCGCCCGACUUUCCGCGUAUCAGCCCAUGCGCUACAUUGGAGUGCUGGAUCGACCCGCUGGUCGCGCAGGGCACUCCGGCAGUGGGCAGCGGUGGGAGUGAGGGGAUCGCCGAGAUGUUGGAGCGUCAGUACCGCUCAGUUUUGAGGAGUAAUAUCCCCAUUUCGCGUGUUGUCGAGGCGAACCUCGAGGCCGCGAGCAUGAUGCUUGGCAAGGCCCGCAAUCUCGCGCGGGAUGGGCGAGUUCUCGUGCACUACAACGGCCACGGCAUGCCUCGGGCGACUGAGCUCGGCGAGGUAUGGGUCUUUGAUCGUGAUCACACCCAUUAUGUACCGUUCAAUAUCAUGGAUAUGGCGGAUUUGAUUGGGACUCCGAGCCUCUACAUUUUUGACUGCAACGCCGCGGGGGCGAUUCUUCGGCACUGGCAAAAGAACGGCCUGCAUACCAAGCGGCCUCACGACUUGUUCAUCUGCGCCUGUGAUGCGCACGAGACGCUACCGCUCAACCCCAUCCUCCCGGCCGACAUGCUCACCGCGUGCUUGACGACGCCGUUGAAGAUGGCGUUGUGGUGGUAUAUCGGCUACUCGCACUGCAAGAUGCUCCUACCGCAGGUCACCGAGGAGAUGAUUCGAAACCUGCCAGGGGACCUCAACGACCGCAAGACUCCGCGUGGCGACCUCAACUGGGUGCUUAACGCGAUCACCACGACCAUCGCGUGGUGCGUGCUGCCCCCCUCGCAGUUUCACUACCUCUUUCGCCACGAUCUGGGCACGAAGGCGAUCUUCCGCAACGCGAUCCUGGCGGAUCGCCUGAUGCGGGAAACGGGCGUCACCCCCCUUACCUACCCCCCGCUCGCGGAGGAGACGCACCUGCACCCGAUGUGGGAGCUCUGGGAUUACGUCCUCGAGCGCACGAUCAGCCAGCUUCCGGAGCUGAUGAGCGCCGCGGCGGACCCCGACGCGGCCGCGCGGGGCGUCGGCUACAAGGAGUCCUCCUUCUUUGACGAUCAGCUCACCGCCUUUGAGGUGUGGGUGCACUGCGGGGAUACGACGCAGACCCCACCCCAGCUCCCGUGUGUGCUCUUCGCCCUCACUCAAGGGGUGCACCGCGUGCGCGCCUUUACGUUGCUCGCAAAGUAUCUCGAUACCGGGCUCGCGGCAGGGCGGCUCGCCACCCUGUGUGGGAUCCUCCCCUACCUCAGCAAACUCACCGCGCAGGCGCCGGAGGUGUUGCUGAUCGUGACGGUGGUUUGGAUGCAGGUGAUUCGCUCCGACCCGAUCGAGGGGUGCGAGGAGAUCAGCCGGAGCAAGACGGAGCGCUACUUCACCAACCUCCUCCGCCUCGACGAGGCGACCACGACGAUUGAGGUGGUGGAGUACGGAGGGGGCGGAGGGGGGGGGGGGAAUACGCCGCCGACGCGGAUGCGGCCGCGCUGCCACGCUCGCCCUCUCUUCCUCCUUCCCCUCCUUCCCCUCCCGUGGGGGGAGCGGGGGGGGGGGUUCGUUAUUACCUCGUAA